UAUUUUACUUGAAAAAUAUACAAUGAAUGGUAUCUUGGUUAUAAAUAUAUUGCUUGUCCCGUCGCAACAUAUAGUAACACGUACGGACUGAGCUGUGGUAAGACAUGUACUGAAGUACGCAUGUAUAUGUAACAACAUUUGGAAGAUCAAAAUGUUCUGUUUUGGAACAUGGCAUACGGAAUAUCGAGUUAUAAUAUGUAAGAGGGGACACACAAAACAACUUCCAAGAAUUAAGGCACUAAUACAAUAUGGUUCUGGUAUUAACAGUAAUUAAGUGAAGUUAAUUAAAAACAGCUGUAUUGAUUAAUACAAUAAGAGAGGUUGAGUGAAAUUAUGUGAAUGGUUCAGUGCGAGCUGAAUGAAGUAGGCCAGGUUCAACCGUUCAAGUUACGGCUGAUUUGGUGGUGGAACACGAGAAAAGACAUGUGGGAUUGUGUUUUGGCCUUGAGAUUAAUUUAAACGUUUGUCUAAGCUAACAGGUCACAAAUUUCAAGUAACUUGUUCCAGUAGAAAAAAAUAGUAAUUGAGCUUAGGAAGUUUCGUAUAGAUGUUUAUCUUAAGCUACACUACUAAAAAGAAAAUUAAUUGGAAAUAAGUUUUAAAAUAUGCUUGGGAAAUUUAACCAAUUUUGUAAAGCAAUAAACGUGACACACUCGUUACAAAACACAAGUAUUUCAAUGUAUAAUACGUGUUAAACGGUGAGGAAAACAAUACCACUGGUGCAUUUUCAUACAUCUUUCUCACUAUGAUAUCCAUAUGAAACUAUACAAUAUCUCAUAAGUUUGGUUUUCCAUUAUAUAUGUGUUGUUAGUCUAAGAAGCUAGACACUGCAAAUAUACAUACUAAUUACAUGUAUAUUCACACACGUAUAUUACAACUUAGUAUAUAUCAAACUAAUAUAUUAGUAUAUAGAUAAACUAACUAAAGUGUAAUCUGUGAUUCAGCAAAAAAAAAAAAGAAACUAAAGUUAUAUAUGAAAGUGGUUGUAUUUUGUUUUGCGAGUAAAAACGACUCAAAGCAUCCCCAUUUUUGUGGGAUCUGUUUAUCUCAUUUGAGGCAAAAUGGCUCUAGUCACAUUGAAUCAGUCAACAUGAUGAUAAACAAAACAAAUGACAAAGCAGUUACAAGUAUGCUAUCUUUGAUGUACCAUAUACGCCCCCAAAUGGAUAGUCUAAUCAAAAGAUUAACACUUACAUGAGCUAUGUAAUUAGCUAUAUUUAGCUUACGGCAUUAUAAGAAUACACUUCAUACUAUUAAUCGGUGUUUCAAAAAAAAAAAAAACUACUAUUAAUCAAAAAAUAUAUAUUUUAUCGUCACUUAUUAUUGUAGUGCAUAAAAGAAUAAGGUAUGCAACCAAAUGGCCGACCAAUGUAUCUUGGUUGGUGUAUUUUCACAUUGUUAUGUAAAGUUUGGUGACGUGACUCAACCAUAAGAAAUUAAGAAUAAUUUUCUUAUGGAUAUCUACUCGUUUAUUUUAAACUAAAACGUACAAUGCAGACAAAAACUUAUAGCUAUAAAAACUCAUUCGAACGAGUAUCUUCCUCAUCAAAUCACUUAACCUUCUAAAGCUCAACUCUCUCUUAACAAAAAUCACAGUCUUUCUAUCCCUACUUAAAUCUUCUAGAAGAUUCGUUCAUCAACCUGUUAUUCAAGGUAAAAACAAAGCGGAUAUGGAAAGCAUCAUCAUGAACUUGAAGAGAAAGGAGAAGAAAUCACAAAGUAGAAGACUUGGGAAGUAUCUUAAAGAACAGAAAGGGAGGAUUUACAUCAUUAGAAGAUGUGUGAUGAUGCUCCUUUGUUCACGUGAUUGAUAUUUCAUUUAUUCGUUACGAUACAUUGUAACAUGUACAAACAUAUAUACAUGUACGUGUAUAUAUGUGUGUGAGAGUGUUCAGAAAUCAGGGUAAAGCAUGUAUACACACGUAUAAAUGUUUGUGCCCUAAUGCGAAAUUUUGUAAAUGAAAAAGUUACUUGUUACUACAACAUAUUGAUUGUUCAUCAUUUAUCGAAUCUUUGAAACAUAAAUUAAACAAAGAUUUAGCUAUUCUGAUUCUAAGUGCGUAUAGUAAAAUAGAAACUUGAAAAUACGGGCUAUAUGAAUUUUUAAUAAUUCACUCAUAUAGAAACAAUGUAGAUGCAUAUUUAAUUUAUACGUUUCAAAGGAUAAAGAAGAUGGCUACAUGUAUCUCACAAUACAUGAAAUACAUUGAAAGAGCGGCCAUUGCAUUUCAUAAUAGUAUAUGAGUUUUUUCGAUGUAUGGGGAAUAAGAUAGUAGUAAUAUAGUAUGCUUCAUAUGCUGGGAACAGUGUCACAAAGUAUAGUUCAUUAAUCAAUUCGCAAGUUGGGAGAAGAGAUUGGGUUUCACAUGUAUAAAUAUGUAUGUAGCUUCCUCGAAAUCAUUCUACAUUUCCUUACAUUUCUUCACUCACUUGUGUUAUUAUCACUCCAUUGACUAUUUUUCGUUUUGUUCCAUCUAAUACGUUAAGAGUUUCUUAUUGUUAUUUUCUUUUAAUCCUGUGAUAAGAACAUAAGUAA